CGCGUCGAGGCCAGAGCCAAAGGGACGGUUGGAACGCAGGUGGCGGCGGCGCGCGUUGGCCCGAGGUUUGUAAACACACUGCAAUCACCCCUCCACAGGCACUGCACUCGCCUCUGAUUGUGUUGCAAGCUUUGAGCAAUGCAGCAAAACACAUUAAGCUCCACCCUCAACCUGGGUGGUGGGGACGGCAGUGGUGGCGGCGCUGGGGAGAUGCAGGACCUGGAGGUGGCGUGCCGGCUCAUAGACAAACACCUCAGCUAUGAUUCCAGCUUCCCUUCACUCCUGGAGCGCCUCAGAGUCUCCCCACAAGGUUUUCCAACAGUGAGUGGUCUGAGUGAGAGUGACUACCCAAACAGUGGGGAGAUGCGUCUUGCCCGCCACCAUCACACCACCCGCAAAGUUCCUCUGCCAUCUGAGCUGAUGUACCACUUCCAACAUAUGAAAUGUAACUGCAUGAUGGGACUUUUUCCUGAGAUUCAUCGUGCCUGGCUCACCAUCGACAGUGAUAUCUAUGUCUGGCUGUAUGAUGAUGGGAGCGAUCUGGCAUACUUUGAUGGCCUACAUGAAACCAUUGUGAGUGUGGGUCUGGUGAAACCCAAGGCUGGUGUGUUUAAGCCCUACAUUGAACACCUCCUCUGUCUUACCACUACUUCUGAAAUAGUCCUUCUGGGAGUGUCCUUCUCUCAACCCUCUGAUGCUGAGGUCAGUUCAGGAAUGCACCUCCUGCCCGAGCCUCUGUUCUCCGUGCCCACCGACGGCUCGUACCUCCUCACCAUCCAGGGCACCCAAGAUGGACGCAUCUUCAUGGGGGCCAAGGAUGGCUGCCUCUAUGAGUUGGUUUACCAAGCAGUUGAUGGCUGGUUUAGCCGCAAGUGCCAGAAAGUUAACCACACAAGGUCAGCCAUCUCUUACCUCCUUCCUUUCCUCGCCUUCUCAGAGGACGACCCCAUAAAUCAGGUUGAAGUGGACGACAGCCGACACAUCUUGUACACCCUGAGCGACCGCGGCACAGUGACGGUGUAUGACCUCGGUGCUGAUGGGAAGAGCACCUCCCGCGUGAUCUCUGUUCCGCACAACAACAUCAUGAAUGCUGCACUCCAGGUUGCCAAAACUGUAGACAAGGCGAAUUUUAAGAGUGUGGUGAGUCUGUGUCCGAUCGGCACCGAUGAGUCACCUCAUAUUCACUUGGUGGUUGUCACAGGCACAGGGGUGCGACUUUACUACACAACCGGACACCUGAAUGGAGGGCUCAACCAGCGUCCCUUCCAACUUGUCCUGCUCCACGUGCGCUUACCACCUGGUUUUGCUGCCAAUGCCACUGUCUACAGGCCCACCAAGGUUCAUAAAGCCUUGUACUCUCAUGGUAUGGGUAUUCUAUGUUCGAAUGAAAGUAAUGAAGCUGACACAGUGUGGACCAUGAGCAGUGAUCAGUACCCAUACCACCACAUCUUGGCGGAGUCCCAGAGCACCCUUGCUGUGGAUGGGUACGUGUGGGCCCUGGCUGAUGUUACUCCCAAGCUCUGGUGUGCUGCUCUCAAUCCUCCUACAUCUCAGGGGACUUUGCCACCCCUCCUUGUUACACAGCACCAGCAUGCUCCCAGACAGCUGGUGCUUCUCUCUGCCAAUGGAGCACACAUACUCACCUUCCAGCGGCCCGUUGAUAAGCUGCGCUCCUUAUUGGAGGAGGCCAAUGGGGUGGAGGCAUCUAUAGUCAAAGAUUUCUUUGCCGACAUGACACCAACACAAGCAUGCACCACCGCCCUGAUCAUUGCAACGGAUCCCAACAUUCAGAACACACAGGCUGCAGAAUGGGCAACCCGUGCUCUCUUUCUCUAUGGUGUUAGUGUGACGCCAGCAGCACCUACUCCAUUCCCACUUCAGUCUCCAAUAAAUUACAGUUUUAAUCCACCUCAGAUGUCAACUCCACUCCCAGGCCAAAACAUCAACACCACAGUUGCUCAGGAUUCACAGUUUUCACCUCUCCACAAUGCGCUCUACCUGUACCUGGCAAGAAUUCUAAGGCCAGCAUGGUCCACCCCCAUAGCCAAGGAGAUUCAGGUUGAAGGAAAACCUGUGAUGGUGAGUUGUAUGACAGGUGAGGAGGUUGGCUUCCUGGCAUACCAGGUGGAGCUGCUGCUGAAGUUCAUGACCACCAACCAAGGCGGUGCCACCAACCCCCUCCAGCCUCUGAACAUAUCAAAUGCCAGCUUGAACCGCAGCAUUGGUGAUGGGUCAGAACGAGUGUCUCUGAUGGCACUGAAGCUGUUGCUGGAGCAGUCACGAGAGGUGCUGCGCCUCAUCUCAGAGCUCACCACACACAACUUCACUGCCAUUCUUGGGGGUCUGCAGAAGGAAAUGCGCGAACAGCUUAAAACAAUAACUCUCCGUGACCUGGUGCUGACAGGGAGGGACAUCUGCCGUAGCCUCAUCAUGGCACUGCUUGACAGAUACCAUGGAGAUAAUGCUUCUUCUGAUGCUAUCUCUGAACGCCUGAGGGACAUCUGUCCAAACCUGUAUCGUAUUGAAGACGCCAAGUUAGCCAAAGCAAAUGAAAUAAUCUUAAGUUCCAAAGCAAACCCAAAUAAAAUGGAGAAAGAGAAAGGCUUCAAGGAGGCAGUAACAUUAUGCAAACAGAUUGGCCACCAUGUGAAUAUAACUGGCAUCUGCAGUCAGCUAGCCAGUGGAGGGGCCUAUGAGGGUGUGGUGGACCUGUGCCUGAGUGUGGCCUCUCAGAGGGACCCAACAGGCAGGGCUCUCCAUUACUACAAGAACAAUGAGCCUGCUGAGGACCACCAGGGCUACAUGGCCUUCACAGCCAGGAUGGAAUGUUACCGUGUGCUGCUGAACCAACUUGACCAGCUGGUGGGAACAGGUGCAGCGCCCCCAGCCUCCCCAAGUGUUCCCACACGUCCAGGGCCCCCAACACCCCCUCCCCAGACCCUCCCCUCCACUGAUGCCACACAAUAUGCCAAUCAGAUGAUCAACCUCAUCGUGAGCAGUACAGAUGAACUGGCGCAUGUAACGCUGUACCAAUGGCUAGUGGACACGAAUCGCACUGACCGCCUGCUGUCUCUCUCCUCCCACUACCUGGAGACCUUCCUCACACGCUCCAAUGGUCAGGCACCACUUAACCAUCUUCUCUGGCGCUACUAUGAGAAGAACAAGGAAUUCUACAAGGCAGCCAAGACCCUCCUUCUCCUUGCAGAACAAAGGGGGGACACACCAGUCGGCAUGCGUGUUGACUACCUCUCCCGUGCUCACAUGUGCCUCAGUUCCUGUGAGAUGAACACUGCCUCUAACUUUGCUGACUUCAUGCUGCACCUUGAAGAAAAGAAGGAAGUGGCUAAAGUACAGCUAAUGAUUAUGGAUAGUCUUCAGUGUGAAGGAGUAAGUGCUGAUGUCAUUGCUGAGCUCAACUCCUCCCUCCUAGCCCUCACAGUACUGUACGAAAAGUUUGCUGAGCCGUGGGCACUGUGGGAGUGUAAAUUGGCAAUUGUACACUGUGCAGGCCACUCAGAGCCUCAGCUGGUUCAGUCAAUAUGGACCAAGCUGAUCGACAGUGAGUUAGAGAAGGCUGGACCUGUGGGAGUGGAGUUAAAGGUUGACAAUUUGUCCAGUAAAUUAAAAUCCUUGGCUCGCCUCUACUCCUCCAACCCCAGCUACUUUCCCCUAGAGCACAUCAUCAAGCAUUGCGAGAUUCGAUCCGUCCAGCUCCAGGCAGACACUUCGUGGGUUGUGACUGCUCUUCAAGGGUGUGGCAUACCAGUCAGCAAGCUCAUCAAUAUUUAUCACAAGUUGUACAGGAGUGGUGAGAGUGUGUGGGAGGUGGAACACUCGCCCCACCACCUCCUGAUGGUCUUGGCGCACCUCAUCAACAUGCUCAUUGACACCUGCUCCUCCCUGCAACCACAGCAGAAGCGGGCACUGCGGGAGCAAUGUUUGGACUAUGUGGCGGAGUACCUGACAGACCUGAGUGCCUCAGCUGACCCCUCAGCCGGCGUCAUCCAAGCUCACCUCAAAUCUUGUCAGGCCAGGUUGGAGCGACUUGUGUGAUAGAUUUGCUUGUUUGUAUUUGUUUAUCAAGAUUGUUCCUGAUGAAGUAUAUGAAAGCAGUUGGUGUGUAUGUGUGUUUAUGUGUCUUGUAUAAGUGAUCACUGCCAUGCAUUUAAUGCCAUAAGGUGUGCUACUUUGUUUGUUUGUGAUAUGUCUGAUUGAAUGAGUUCUUGUACCAUGAGAAUUAGUACUGUGCUGGUGAUAUAGGAGUUUUUGAUUCCUCUUUUUGGAAUAAAUGUUUUUAAUGUAACUUUAAGGAAAGCACAUUACAUUAUAUAAUUGAAACAAAUAA